UGACCGAAAGGAACUGAUAUGAACACAGCAAACAAUGACCUCAUUGCGUGCCAAUGAUAUCACCAGUGCUUCUUUGAAUGACUGUAUUUCUGCCCAAUCACCACUGAUUGUCUUGAAAUCUCGCUUGGUAGAUAGCCAAUGGGCUGAGGUAAAUGGCAAUAUCUAAUGUUUAUAUCCGGGAAGACCAGCUUUUGAACGAAAUUCGAGCGUAACACAGCCAUUUGCCAUUGGAAUUUCUACCCGAAGGAGCCACUUUGUUUGCGCGAAGCAGUAUUGAGUCAAGAUCAUUUUCCGCUAUUUUAUUGAAGGAAUUAUGGCGAGUAAAUCUGGAAAAUCAAACGCAAAGUCCAGGUAUACAGAUCUACAUGAUAUUAUUGACGAGAUUGAUAGAGGAAGUGACACAGAAUUACAAGAAGAUCUAUCGGAUUGUAUGUCAAGUUUGGACUCCCAAUUUGAGGACAUGUUUCUGUAUGGUGAAGAUGCCAUUCUCGAUUGUCCCUCCAAUUCUGAUUGGGAGCCCCCACUGCCAAGGUGCCCAUCCCCCACAGGAGCGGGAUCAUCUAGCCGGACCCCUGCUGUCUCCGGCUCCACACCUACCCCCGCCCUGCCAGGUGGGAAGUCUGUGACAAAGAAGUGGAGGUGGGGAAGAGCUAAACCUGCAAUCAGAGAGGAGGAGGGUCGUUGGCACUCUGUGCUGGAGGAGGAUGUGUUGCCUACACCUCCAGUAUUCAGACCGAAGAGGCCAUCGGGACCUCAGCUGGACAUGACCUCUAAGUACAGCCCCAUGCAACUUUUUCAGCUGUUUUUCACCUCGGCAGUUGUUGAUUCCCUGGUGUCGAACACAAAUAAGUAUGGUGCUAAGAAGCAGGAAGGCAAGAAAGAGGGAUGGAAGCUAAAAACCCUGAAAGACUACUGGAAAACUGCUCCCCUCUAUCAACUGCCUUUCCUCUCCACUGUCAUAUCAUGCAAAAGGUUUCUGACAAUCUCACGGGCGCUUCAUAUCAGUGACCCAGAAGUUGAUGAGGACAAUGAGAAGAUGAGAGGCACAGCAAGGUUUGAUAGGCUGUGCAAAAUAAAACCGCUCUACCCCAGCAUCGUUGAGGCUUGCAAAACCUAUUUUCCGCCUGCCCAGAACGUUUCCAUCGAUGAGAGGAUGGUAGCUUCAAAGGCCAGAAUUGGCCUAAAACAAUACAUGCGUAACAAACCAACUAAAUGGGGUUACAAACUGUUUGUUUUGGCUGAUUCUGUGUGUGCAUACAUGUGCAAUUUUUUUGUUUAUGAGGGGAAGAGCAGUUUUGCGACCGGUAAGGGACUUAGCUAUGACUCUGUUAUGCAGUUAUUAGAUUUUCAACUCCUGGGGAAGGGCUGCAAACUUUUUGUGGACAACUUCUACACAAGCCCUACCCUGUUCACAGACCUGAGGAAGCGGGAUGUGUGGGCUUGUGGCACCAUUCGGACCAACAGAGUGGGCUUUCCAAAGACCAAGGUGAAUGACAUGCCUAAGCGGGCUGAGCGGGGUACCAUGUGAUGGAUCUGUGAAGAUGGCCUGCUCUUUGUGAAGUGGAUGGAUACCAGAGAGGUGGUCAUGUGCUCCAGUAUCCACAAGUCCUUCAGUUGAGAUCACGUCGUCAGGCGUGUGAAUGGUGCUACUGGGGCAUGGACCACAAAAAAUGUCCCCAUUCCUGCAGCCAUCAAGGACUACAACAAGAGCAUGGGAGGUGUGGACCUGUCAGAUGCACUGAUUGGCUACUACAAUGUUCUCCACAAGGCAAUGAAAUGGUACAAGACAUUUUUCUAUCAUUUCAUUGACGUUGCUGUGGUGAAUGCCUUCAUCCUCCAGAAGGAAAUGGCUAAGAGCUGUGGACAGCCACCCAUCUCACAGCAAGCCUUCAGGGAGCUGCUCAUCCAGGAGCAAAAGGGCACAGUAGGGAGACAUCGUUGUGUUCUGUGUCACAGGAAAUGCCCCAUCACCUGCACCAGCUGUUCAGUAACCCUCUGCUUUACAGCAGAAAGAGACUGCUAUUGGGCAUGGCAUCAGAAGAACAAUAUUUUGGAGAGGACUGAGGGUCUUCACAAUAUUGUACAUUAUACAUUGAAUGUGUGUAAAUAGUUACCCUUGUUAUUUUACAUUUAUUCAAAAUGUCAUUUUUUGUGUGUGUGGGGGGGGGGUUGUUAGAAUUGCAUUUGAGUGUUUUGUAUAUAGUCUUUUACUUAAAAUGUAUCUCUGUACCAAUUCGGCCACUUGGGUACAUUUGGGCAACUUGUGUGGGACACCUGGAUGACUACAUGCUCAAUGUCAUGUAGCUCACUCAUUCCUGAAGAUAUCUUUCUGAAACCUUUUUCAAAUACUGUUGCCAUCUUAUGUUCUUCAUUCAAACCACCCCCAGCAUCCUAUCUGUAUGUUUGGAUGUUCUUGUUCAGUUGAAAGAUGAUGCAGCAACAAUAAAAACAGAAAACAUA